GGUCGCCCGCCCCCAUCAGCAGUCUCAGUAAGCCAAGGAAUAACAGCAUUCAUGGCAGCUGCCGUGCUCCUUCUCCUGGCUUCUGUAGCUCUCUUCCUCUCGUGGGUGGUGGUGAAGACAGUAUACUCUGUGUGGUGGAAGCCCAGGCAGUACGCAGAGGCCUUCAAGAGGCAGGGAAUCCAUGGCUACCCUUACAAACUCCUCGUAGGCAACAUAAAGGAAGCAGCCACGAUGCAAGAGAAAGCGUUGGCUAAGCCCAUGGCCUUCUCUCAUGACAUAGCUCCACGAGUCGGGCCAUUCUUUAAGGAAUCCGUUGAUAAACACGGAAGAAUUUCUCUGACUUGGUUUGGGAAGACUCCGCAGCUAAUCCUGCAGGAUCCGGAGAUGGUAAAAGAAGUCCUUUCCAACAAAUUUGGGCACUUCUCCAAGGCCCCUCAGCCGGCCCAGGUGAAGAUGCUGGCGUGGGGCCUCGCCAACUUGAACGGUGAACAAUGGGCAGUCCAGAGAAGGCGCAUCAGUCCUGUUUUCCAUUUGGAAAAACUCAAGGGAAUGCUGCCGUCAUUCUCCACUAGCUGCAGUGAGCUGGUCCAGAGGUGGGAAAAAUCAAUUAGUCCCAAAGGAUCGUGUGAGUUGGAUGUGUGGAACGAACUUCAGAAUCUUACUGGAGAUGUCAUUUCUAGGACUGCCUUUGGCAGUAACUAUGAUGAAGGCAAGCAGAUAUUCCAAAUGCAGAAGGAACAAGCAGAGCUAGUGAUUCAAGCCAUCAGAAGAAUUUAUAUACCUGGAUCAAGGUUUUUACCCACCAAGGAGAACAAGAGGCAGAAGGAGCUGAACAGAAAGGUUAUAUCCCUGCUUAAUAACAUAAUUGAGAAGAGAGAGAAGGAAAUGCAGUUGGGGAUAGCUAAAAAUGAUGAUCUGUUGGGCAUAUUGUUGGAAUCAAACAAGAGCCAUCGUGAGCAUGGGGACAAGGGAAUGACAAGAAAGGAAGUCAUAGAGGAGUGCAAGCUCUUCUACUUUGCUGGUCAGGAGACAACUUCAGUGUUGCUAACAUGGACCAUGGUUCUGCUCUCCAUGUACCCUAGCUGGCAGAUGCAUGCGAGGGAGGAGGUUCUUCAAGUUUGUGGAAAGAACAUCCCCUCUUUUGACAGCUUAAGCCACCUGAAGACUGUCACCAUGAUUCUGAACGAAGUUUUAAGACUAUAUCCACCUGCAACUUUUAUUGUUAGAUACACUUACAAGACUGUAAAAUUAGGAGACCUCAUCCUCCCAGAAGGAGUUCGCCUGAUUCUGCCAUUGCUUCUGAUCCACCAUGAUCACAAGCUCUGGGGCGAUGAUGCUGAAGAAUUCAAACCAGAGAGGUUUUCGGAAGGAAUUGCAAAUGCAUCCAAGAAUCAAUUGGCAUUCCUUCCAUUUGGUUGGGGUCCUCGGAUCUGCAUUGGCCAGACAUUUGCACUGAUUGAGGCUAAGAUGGCACUUGCCAUGAUUCUGCAGCGCUUCUCCUUCGAACUGUCACCAACUUAUGCUCAUGCUCCACGCCAGAUCAUAACCCUUCAGCCUCAACAUGGAGCUCAGAUCAUCCUGCAUUCUAUCUGAGAAAAGUACCACUACAUAGCUUCCUCCACACUGUUGCCUGUCUAACUUUGCUAUGUGCUUGGUUUGGUGCAAAGAGGAAGCAACUUGGCCUUCAGUUUCUACAUAAUCUACUAUGAUAUAAUGCAUUGUAGUCAGCUACUCGAGCUAGAUUCGCUAAAACAAAAUGCUUGGAAUUGGUAAUAGUCCAAUUUUUGCUUGUGCAGAUAAAGAUUGCAACUAUGGAUAACAUGUCUAAUGGGUGAAUAUUAUCACUGUUGUAGAUAGCAAUAAAAUCUUGGAAAAUCGUCCUAAGUUCUCUAA